AUGGAACCAAAACAACAACAACAACAAUUACAUAAACACUGGAAAGGACAGGGGCGGGGUGGGGUGGGGGAGAAGGAAACCGGGAAAAAGGACGAGAUGAAUUGCAUGCACAGCGUGUUGGGUGCAAAAAUUAUUCCAGGCAAGGAUGCGUCGUUGAAUGCUGGUGCUGCCCCCAUUGACGAUGGGAGAAACUGGCCGUAUCAGUCCGCAGAGUACGGAUGUCAAGAUUUGUUGGCCUACAGCUCCUACUGCCACGGAUCCGGUGAUGUUUUUUUGGUAGACAUGAACAGCAUGCAACUAGUCCAAACACUGCAUGGACACAAUGCGCCUGUUACAUGUGUCCAGUGGAAACCACCACCGGCGUCUUAUUUGCAACAUGGAUUGUUUCUUAUUACUGGAGAUCGUGGAGGGGCUGUUGCCAUUUGGGAUGUGGCUGAGGGAGUGGUUCUGAAUAGCAUCCAGGUACCGAAUAGCCAGCCCAUACAUGCCUUUUCUUACUUGGCAAAGCAACACCUAUUGGUUGUGACAAGAGACGGCUCGAAUUUUGUGUACGAUUCACAUCUUGUGGGUAAGGAACCAUUUGGUGAGUUUGAAUUCCCUGUUCGAACUGAGCCUACAGACUCCUUUGUUCCGCUGCGUGUGUGCACGUCCAAACUUAGCUCCACACAGGCUUCUUGUUUUGUGCUUGGUGAUCGUCUACGUGUGAUUGGUUCUUUGGAAACGGCACCGGGUAAAAGCGGUGUCGCUCUGCAGAUGAAGGAUUUGGUUUACGACAGCGAAGACGGCCAUGAAACAGUCUUGGAUGCCACUUUUAGUGAGGCUCAUGAAGAUGUUUUGUAUUUUGCAACACGAAAUUCCGUUGGAGCCUACGACUGGAAAACGGGUUUGCUUCUUAAUGAACAGGUACUGUGGCACACGAAGAGUGAUGUGGAAUUUAGGCGUCUUUUCUCCUCCUCGCCUAGUUCAUGGACUGAGGGCCCUCAAGAGCUUCCUUUUUUGUAUUCUUUUGGGACCGAUCAGAGACUCUGCGCCUGGUACAAUUCCCAGAAGGAAAAAGUAACAACUGUAUCUGCCGACGUGAGAGGUGCGAGAAUUGUCUCCAAGACGGUUUCAAAUGUGGUUCAGUCUCGAACGACGGCCAAUCUUUUUGCUGUUAUUUUUGCCGAUGGCUCCGUGGCACGGUGGCGGUAUUUGGUGGAACGCCGGCGUUGGUCACUGGAAGGUUUUUUUUCCUUUGCGCUUCUUAAGCCUACCCGACUCUGUGUGGUGGGAGACAAUAUCGUUUGCUGCGCGCUGGAAAAUGGCCACAUGGUUCUUUUGGAUGUGAUGCACAAUGUGACACUUCGAAGAAUAAACAUUGUGCAUUCCGGGGGUACACGCAUCAUAUUGCUUAGUCCUCAUCGUUGGGGGGAGUCUGUUUGGAUGGUGACAAACAAGUCCACACAACUUCGUAAUUUUCAUCAGGUGACACUUUUUGAUUGCCGCAGUGGCUCCCCCUUACGAGUACUUCGAAAGCCCACAAUUCCUGAUUCUACACGUAUGAAAGAAAUAACGUUAAGUGCUACGGGAACUUUUUUACUCCUGACAUUUCUUGACGGUACAUUCGAGGUGUGGGGCGUAGAAGAGGGUGACCUCAUUUAUACAUUUGAGGGAAUGGGGGUCGCGGGAGUUUCGUGGGCACCGCAAUCAUUCCUUUCCUGCCUUACUGGUGUCCAAGGCAGUCCCCAACUGCUGGCUAUCAUAUUUACGGACGGUGGGAUGAGCUUAUGGACUGUCUACAAGGACCGGGUAGUAAAAAACCGUGAUGUAACCUCGUUGUUUUCUGGUGGUUCUAUUCCGCGCGUUAAUUGUGUGCCCACCGAAGAAGCGUUGAUACUGACGCAUGGUAUGAAGCUACCUUUGGUGGUAAGCUUGGGGAGUUUCGGUUUUUCUCUGGAAGCAUUCAAAUCAGUUUCCCCUAACAACCCUGCGAUACACGUUGCGGUGUCGAAGGGAGAAGGAAUGUGUGCGAACAAUACCCGUACAGAGAAAAACAAUUCAGUUGUGCUGGUUGCUAUUGCUUUUACAGAUGGCGCUUUUGGAGUCUGGAAUGCAUCUAGCAAGGAGAGACUAAGUUAUUCGCGGGCAACACUGAUCAAUUUGACCGCAAAGCAAUUGACGUGGAUAGCGGAUAAACUCUUUGUUCUCACGACCAACGGUGACAUUGCGGUUCUUGACAAGUCCCUUACGUCAGCCAACAGCAAUGUUUCUUGUAAGUUUCAUCGAAGACCUUUACAAACAAGUGCUUUUUUUUUGCCUGCCCAUCGAACAUAUAUUCAAACACUUUUGGAGACCCAAACCAUGUGUGAGUCGCCAGGCGCCGGCAACCUUCAGAGUGCCAGCUCGCCAAGUUACCUGGUACAAAGCAUCGAUUCACAAAGGCGCCCCUGUCGAGGACCGUUUGGGCAGGUCAUUACAGAUGGAAUUACAACGCUCGCACAGGAGUUGGAUCUUUACAAGGAGACGAUGGUACCAAGGCACAUUCGCGAACCAAUGCAGCGUGCAGUUGCCCAAAAACGUACGGAGGAGGUUGCAUUUUGGGUGGCUCGCUUUUUUGGUCAAGAGGAGAAACAGCGCUUCUGGUUGCAGUUUUGUGUAAACAAAUAUUUUUGUCACUUUGGAUCUAAAGCUAAGGAUGAAAUUCAACCUUCCGACGGGGUAGAGGAGGAAAGGAAGUGGGCUUCUCCGUUUUUUUAUAGUCACUGCAAUCGCUUUUCUGAGGCUGUGGCAAAUCCGGACGUUAUACGCAGCAACCGUAUGUGUAUCAACGAACAUCGAAUAGCCGCUCUUGAGGCUACUAAGAGCCAAAAUACGGAGGUCUCAGCAUGUCGUUUGAUCGUUGCACGAGAGUUGCUGAAGCUUCAAGAAGCUCAGAGAGCAAUAGAUGUUUUAAUGGAUGCCAAUUUAGAGAGCGACCACUUUUCUCAUCUUGCCAAUCUUGCCGUGAUGAUCGCUGCUUCAAUCACUGCUAGGGAGUCUUCAUCGUUUUCAUUAUUUUCAAAUACAACGAAGCGUGCAGCCGCUUUGCAUUUGGCGAGGAGGGAUUUAGACGCCGCGGUGGAAAAAUUUAUUCUUUCUGGUGAUUAUUAUGAGGCAGGCUUGGCGUUGCAAUCCUGUGGCAAAUGGGGCGAGGCGGCGGCACUGGCCAAAGUAACUUCCAUGACGCCGAAUCAAAAAAAAGAAAUUUUGUAUCGUUGGUGUUCGUAUUACGCUAAACGUGGGGAAAUUAUGGAGGUGGCACGUAUGUUGUUUUCAAUGUCUUCUCCAUCCGAGGCACUUGUUUUAUUAUCUGAGUCCGUACAACUAAUAGACGUUGCUGGUCUGCUUGCCAUUGUGCUACUAGAGGAUUCUUUUUUUUCGUCAUGGGAGUCGCUUCAGAAGGUGAUACCCUCACCGUUGAGGGAUGAGGAUCCGUCAGGUGCCUUGAGUCUCGGUGAUGUCGUGCUGAAUGUCCUGGCGGAUUACUGUAGCGUGUUGAAUUCUGUUGGUAAUGUGGUGACGGAGCGCAUGGUGUUGGAGAUUAUUGCCUCACUUAAACGUGGGAAUCGACAAGCUUCCACUCUUUCCGCGUGA